CAAUCGGCAUCGACUCAAACACAAGUCGCACAUCGAGAUACGUCUCGCUCUGGAUUCACGCAGACGGAUGACGACGUACCUAGAAGGACAUCCAGAUCAGGCUCCACCCAGACCGAUAUCGUCCCGAGGAACACAUCUCGCUCGGGCUCAACGCAGACUGAGGUUGCGCCGAGAAAUACUUCUCGAUCCGGCUUCACGCAGACCGAAGACGCGCCACGGAGGACUUCUCGGUCCGGCUCCACGCAGACCGACGCUAGUAUAUUACCUGGGCUCCUGUUGUCACCGCGACCUUCUCCUCGGCCCGAAUUCGACGAGGCGGAUGAGAUGCCUAGGAUGGGCAGCAUCAGCGCUGUCCGAAUGGGGUCGAGAGGCACGGCGACGCGGACUGAGGAUGCCUUCUCGCCGCCUACUUCGCCGGUGUCGUCCGACGCCGGAUACUCAAGUGCGGCGUCGAGUACUGAUGCCAUGCCACCUCCAGUGAUUCGGACAUCGGGAGGAUCAGCUUCGUCUUGGUUGAAUAGGGUGGAUUUAUAAAAUUUAGAUGAGACGGCGCUGGCGCAUGGGGCGAGUAGAUAAUACAACGAUAUUCCAA